GCAGCUCCAGGGAAAAACUCAGCUCCGCGCUGUUAGUGUGUGUGGAGACAAGCAAAGAGCAGGGUGAAAAAACUUUCCUUUGAAACGCAGCAAACGUUGCAGUUCAUUCCCGUCCGUGAACGCAGCUCUGGAUUAUGCACCUGGGAGAAGAGGAGAAGAUCUUUCUGUCCGAUUGCAGCUUCUGGUUGUAAUUUCUGCUCUUCAGUACAGAGCGCAGUUUCCGGAUAUCAGCCCACUGUUUUGGGAAGAUUUUGCUCUGCAUCUGUUUUUUUUUUUCCGCUCUUCCUGUCGCUUGUCUGUCAUAACUUAAAGUCGAUUAAUUCAUCUUCAUAAAUCCUGCAGCCACAACUACAACAUGGACACAUACAGAUAACAAGGAUGAAAUCUUCGCUUGCAGAGAGAAGUUGAGCUCUGUGCUCGAGUUCAACAGGGCCACUUCCUGAUGAUGACAGUAAACAUGGAUGACGGUCUCCAAAAUGGACCCGGACAGCACAGGAACUCACAAGACGACGAGGAGGCGCUUAACUCCAUUAUGAAGGACCUGGCAGCCCUGGGUCGCUGCUACACCCAGCACAACAGCCACAAGCCCAAGAACAGAACCUUACUCUACAAACAGGAUUUAAGAGUCAAGCUGGAGCAUGAGAGAGAAAAACGAAUUAUCCCGUUCCAGAGGCCGCUGAAGAUCAAGGAGCUGCUGCAGAAAGUGACCGAGGCCUUUGGCCAGCAAAUGGACAUGUUCUUUAUGGAGAAAGAGUUGCUGCUGCCCCUGAAGACGCAGGAGGACCUGGAUCAGGCGGUGUUGACGCUGGGCUGCAGCUCGGGGACCAACGGUCUGCUCAGGAUACUGCUCAAGACCCCCAAGAACAACCAUUACCUACAGGUGAACAGCAGGGACAAACAGAGCGAGAUGAGGUCAUCGCGGUCACUGGGAGAUCUUAAGGGCUCCCUGCUCAAAGGCUCGGAGAGGGUGCGCAAACACUCGACAGGUUCCCUGCACACAGGUCGGACGUCUCCGCCUCCUGGCAGCGUCCCCGAGGAGCAGCAGCAGAUUGCCCGCCAGGGCUCCUACACCAGCAUCCACAGUGAAGGGGAGUUCAUCCCGGAGACCCACGACCAGAAUAUGCUGGAUCCCUUUGGGAGCGCAGACAACUCACUGUCGAGCAGCUGUCAAUCCAUAGAUCAAGCACUGGACAGUCCUCCUUUCUCGCAGAACAACCGUGACAAUAAUUACCUGAACCUCAACUAUGAAUACAAAGGUCGCCAUGGGAAAGGGGGGACUUUCCCUCGCCAGUUCCAGUUGCCCAAUCGCAGCAAGGAUUAUGGAGACCGUCGCAGGACACUUCCGCGCAGCUUCAUGCCGCAGGAGAACCUGUUUCAGCUGGUUCCUUCCAGCCGCACGCGCAGUUAUAAUGGAGACAGCACGCUGCAGUACAGCGACCUGCGCUCGCUGGGCCGCACCGCCGACAAAAGCUGCCAGCGAGGUACAGCCAAGUCACCGCGGGCGCCAGUCAACUGGCGACAAGGAAAGCUCCUGGGGCGCGGGGCUUUCGGGGAGGUCUACCUCUGCUAUGACGCCGACAUAGGCCGCGAGCUGGCUGCCAAGCAGGUGCCCUUUGAUCCUGACUGUCAAGAAACCAGCAAGGAGGUGAAUGCUCUGGAGUGUGAGAUCCAGCUGCUGAAGAAUCUGCGUCACGAGCGGAUCGUUCAGUACUAUGGUUGUCUUCGGGACCUCGAACAGAGGAAACUCACCAUUUUUGUGGAGUUUAUGCCCGGGGGCUCAAUAAAGGACCAGCUGAAAGCUUAUGGGGCCCUGACGGAGAAGGUGACGAGGAGAUACACCAGGCAGAUCCUCCAAGGAGUCUCCUACCUGCACAGCAACAUGAUUGUACACAGAGACAUCAAAGGUGCUAACAUCCUGAGAGACUCAUCAGGGAACGUGAAGCUGGGAGACUUUGGAGCCAGCAAACGUAUCCAGACCAUCUGCAUGUCUGGUACAGGAAUCAAGUCUGUCACUGGCACCCCCUACUGGAUGAGUCCGGAAGUCAUCAAUGGGGAGGGAUAUGGCCGCAAGGCUGAUGUAUGGAGUGUCGCCUGCACCGUUGUGGAAAUGCUGACCCAGAAACCUCCAUGGGCCGAGUACGAGGCCAUGGCAGCCAUUUUUAAGAUAGCCACCCAGCCAACGAAGCCCAUGCUCCCCGAGGGCGUGACCGAUGCGUGCAGGGACUUCCUGCGGCAGGUUUUUGUGGAGGAGAAGUGGCGGCCCACUGCAGACUUUCUGCUCAGCCACCCAUUUGUCCAGGGCAGCUUCUGAAGCCUGCGGACCCCCCCUCCCCUCCCCUGCCUGCGAGGCCCCUCUCCGGCCCACCCCGUCCCCAGCCCCCGUCCCCUCACCAGGCUCCAGAGCUCAGCGUCACUCCUACUUCCUGCCCUGCCAUCUUUCACCAGUGUCUGCCUUGUCAGGACCCUGCAUCUCUCACCAACUAGCUCAACCUGGAUUGUUCACUGAAAGGCCAGGUCCAUUGCGUCAGAUCUCCAGAGUCCUCCGAGGCGUCGCAGUGUUGUUCCCCCAGGAGGGAAAUGAUGAGAAGGCACUUAGCAGUCUCACAAGCUACAGACUGCUGUCCUUAAAACAAGAGCAGGAAAAGUGACCCAAGUUAGAGAGCAGUGACUUCUCAAGCUUUUGGGGUCUUAACAUGCAUUUACUGCCGCAGAACAGUGUCUAGGUCUGGCCAGACGGUAAGUGAUCGCAACUGACUGGUGACAUUGAUCACAUGUGACAGUACUGUAGGUUGCUCAUCAGCUGAAGCCAGCUGGGAGGGAAAUUAAGAAGGUAAAAUAUUUUUUUAUGACAGACAAUAACACACAAUACAACACACACAAAGUCAUCUUAGCAAACGAGUUUUCUACUGUCUCCUAAAAAGUGUAAAUGUGUUUUUGUCAACGCCUUACAAUAAGAAUUUGUAAGCAAGAAUGUCUUUCUUUUUCUUUUUUUUUAAUCUUUAAAGGGUUGCAUUGCCCUACUUUCAUAGCACUCACAAGCUCAUUUAGAAGGAUUGUCAACAUUGCACUUUUGGUAUCAUGCAUUGCAACAUUUCCAACAUGCAGGAUAAUCAACUGAGGAGAUAUUUUUCUAUUUGAAGCAUUUUUUUAUAGAGUUUCAUAAGGAGAAUUGCGUAGUUUGUUUCUGAUGUAAAGAGAAAAAGAAAAGAACCAAACUUUUGCAGUCGCGUGCAAUGUAUGUUAAGCAAUACCAACACUACUGUUGGAGUCUGUGACAUCCAUUUCCAGCUUCCCAUGCAGUGAGCCGUGGGUCCACAGAAAGAAGCGGCCAAAGACAAGUUGCGGAAACUUUCAACAACGUUCGGCUAAAGUUAAUGUGCAGUAUUAGUCAUGUUGGAUUGUUUUGUCACCUCAGAGCCCUAUAGCCUUUUCUAUGUUAUGGCAGCUUUGUGCACAGUAGACUGCACAGACCAAAUCAGAUGCAUUGACGUCACAUUGUGUUAGUAUGAAAAGCAUUAUGAAAUUAGGUUGAAGUAAGCGUCUCAUUUAACGGUUUUGUUGUAUGAAUCCAGUCACCCCAUGCCUUUACUUUGCUUCCCACACUAUAUGAAUGGGCCACUCGAUGACCACUCGACAGCACACCUCUGUGCCGCGCAAGAUGAAGAAUAACGUUACAGGUCGCAUAAAAAAAAGGGUUAAGUUGGACAGGCGGAGCUGAAUGCUGUAUUCUUUAAAGUGAUGAGAUGAAACUUUAACUGGGGAGAGUGAUGUUGAAGGGGUAGUGGCUAGCUGUGAUACAGUGGCACUUAAGGAAUGAUCAAAUCUUUUUUGACCCUUGUCAGUGCCUUAUCUGAAUCUGCUUGUAAACACAAAUGUUCACUGCCAAAGCGUAACGCUAAGGUGAGCAGCUGUUCAGUAGAGAGCACACACAGGAUUUGCUGAAGUUCUUUUAUAUGGAAAAAAAAGAUUAUACUGUAAAUACAUAUUGUUCUGCACUUUUGUAUGAAAUUUCUUUACAUUAUAUACAAAUCUAUUUGAUGAAAUAGCUAUGUUAUGCAGUAGGUUGUACUGUGAUUUAGACAGGGGUAUGUAUGAUUGUCUCUUUGAGAGCUGGCAGGCAGUAUGAAAAGGUUGGGAGGCUUUCGAUUGGGACAGAGUUUGUUUUGUCUAAAUGACAAAGCCUUGAAACAUGAAAUGUAUCAAGUUGUUGAUCUUUUGUACAUUUAACUUAAUAAAUCCAAGGUCUAAGACUA